GGUGAUUUGCUCGUUUGUUGGAAAGUUUUUCCUCGUUUCCGCGGAUUUUUACACCAUCGCUCUAUAGACUUCGACCUGCUUUGAAACGCAGCGUCAAUCUCCCUGUGCUCGAUCGACAGCUCGAAGAUCGUAUGAUGUAACUGUUAAACAACGCUGUGUAUUUGAGAGUAAAACUCACGUGAUAAACUCUCCAGAACAUUUCUCGCCAACGGGCACUGCGUCUGGAUCUAAAAAUGUUCUUUAUCUUCUGUACUGGAAAUAUUGACUGCUGGAGAUCAAUCUAGCGGUUUACUUCAUCAAUGGACGACAAGUAUUCGAUUCGUUGAUGCAUUUUUUUCUGACAAGAGUUACGUUGAUUCGAAAUAUUUAUGUACAUUUGUCUACGUAAUUUUAUCUAUUUAUAUAAAUAAUUAUAUCUAUACUUUAUAAUAAGUACUGAUUAUUCGUCAACAACGAAGAACUUCAGUUUACUUGAUACUUUCCAUCCUUGUUUAAGAUAACUUUCAUCCAACAUUCUCAAGAGCAAUGAUUUACGACGAUUAUAAAAUGUACCUGCAUCAUUGUAUUCGUUGCUUCAGUUAUGUGCUGAUUAAUUAUUUCCAUUAAUUAAAUUUCGUAUCACAUGAUUACAAAAAUUUGACACCACGAAAAUGAAGUGUGGAAGCUAAGAAGAAAACCAUACCUGUGGAAAAGAAUGUGCAAACUGCAAAUAUUUUUGCAACGCAAUACACCAAACACCAAAUAUUUGAUUUCACGUUGAUCACAUGGAGAAAACGCACUAUAAAUGCAGAAUCGGGUCGCGAGGGUUAAAAUCCUCGAUGACACAAUUUCAUCUCGUGAAUCUCCAGCUUCGUUCCACGACAACAGAGACGAUCUGAGCGACGAGAUGACGGCACUCAGCCCUGAACUAACGGUGAGACGACCGGUCUAUCAACAGGACGAGCUUAAUCACUUGUUCAAAUACGCGAAGCCGAACGAAGCACUUCUGAAGAACAUCUCGAUGAAAUGCAGAAAGGUCAAGCCGAUGAUGAUUCUGAAGAAUACCAUACCCCUUAUCGGAUGGUUGUCGACGUACAAUUGGAAGACCGAUUUACUGGGUGACAUCAUUGCUGGAAUCACCGUGGCAGUGAUGCAUAUUCCUCAAGGAAUGGCGUACGCAAUAUUGGGCAACGUUCCACCAAUAGUUGGUAUCUACAUGGCGUUCUUUCCUGUUCUUGUUUAUCUCUUCCUCGGCACGUCAAGGCAUAAUUCAAUGGGUACCUUCGCGCUGGUUUGUAUGAUGACCGGAAAAGUAGUCACGACCUACAGCUCUCAAGGACAACUGGCAAAGAACGCUACAACAGAAAACGAGCUAUUAUCCUCGACGAGUAAUCGAUAUUCCCCCGUAGAAGUAGCCACCGCAGUCACUUUCGCCGUGGCCCUGAUUCAGUUAGUAAUGUAUUUAUUGCGAUUGGGAGUGAUUGCAUCGCUUCUAGCGGAUAGUCUCGUAAGCGGGUUCACCACAUCCGCGGCGGUUCACGUGUUCACGUCACAAGUGAAGGAUCUACUAGGACUGAAAAACCUACCUAAACGCAUAGGACCCUUCAAGUUGAUCCUUAGUUACGUGGACUUCUUUAACAACUAUCAAUCUAUCAAUGGGAUUGCCCUCCUGCUAUCCUGUUCCAUCAUUUUGGUUCUUAUUGUCAACAAUGCGUUAAAGCCAAAGUUCGCGAAAAUAAGUCCAUUCCCAAUCCCCAUAGAAAUGCUGGUGGUUGUGCUUGGGACUGUCCUCUCAAUGUACCUGAACCUUACGGAAGUUCAUGGGAUCGCGGUAGUGGGUGACAUACCAGUCGGUUUGCCGUCUCCGACCUUACCACCAUUGUCUUUGGUACCGAACAUUUUAUUAGAUAGCUUCAUCAUUACUAUGGUGUCCUAUACUAUAUCCAUGUCCAUGGCGUUAAUCUUCGCGCAGAAACUCGGUUACGAGGUGGAUUCGAACCAGGAGCUAAUGGCGCAGGGUGUCGGAAAUCUAGUCGGAUCCUUCUUCUCUUGCAUGCCAUUCACAGCUUCGCUCUCUAGGUCCCUAAUCCAACAGACUGUCGGCGGACGAACUCAAUUAGCUAGUCUAAUAUCCUGUGGAAUUCUAAUUAGCGUUCUACUGUGGAUCGGCCCCUUCUUCGAGCCUCUGCCACGGUGUGUUCUAGCUAGCAUCAUCGUGGUGGCUUUAAAGGGGAUGCUAAUGAAAGUGACGGAAUUUAAGAGGUUCUGGAAAUUGGACAAAACGGAUGGGGUUAUCUGGACAGUGACAUUCAUAUCAGUAAUUCUGAUGGACGUGGAAUAUGGUCUUCUAAUUGGAAUCGUGUUCUGCAUCGGCAAAUUAAUCCUCUUUUCUAUCCAUCCUUACACCUGUUCACUCGCUCUAGUACCUGGUACUGAGCUUUAUCUGGAUACCAAGAGAUAUAAAGGCACGGUAGAGCUGCCGGGUAUAAGAAUAUUUCACUACUCAGGCAGCUUGAACUUCGCCUGUCGGCAACACUUCCGUGACGGGGUAUAUAAAAUUGCUGGCCAGACGCCGAGAAAGAAACCUAAUGGAGGAUUCAAACACGACGAGUUGAAGGAAGUUAAGAAACUGAGAACCCUGAUACUGGACCUGAGCGCGGUGAGUCACAUGGACCUGGCGGGCGCAACGACCCUGGGAAACCUGAUCAACGAGUACUGUGAAAUCGAUAUACCGGUGUACAUCGCCGGGUGUUCCGGACCUGUGUACGAGAUGAUGAGAAAGUGCAACCUGUUGGAAUACAAAGGUGGCCUGUUCGCCGCGUUCCCCACCGUGGCAGAUGCCGUGCAUUUUGCAAGGUCUAACACCGAGCCAGCAUGGAGUUCGCCGAUAUACGACGACGCAACUGUCGUCAGGCUCUGAUUGCGAAUACUAAUCGCGACUACAUGCGGCGAAGUUCAUUCAUGAUUCCCAGGGAAAAAUUUCUCAAUCAACGUGAUCGACUGACAAUUUAACUGCCAUGUUAUUUCUAAACAUAUGCAUUUGACUGUUUGAUGAGAGGAACAGUGGAAAUGUAAAGUUGUGAGAUGUUGAGGGAUUGUAGAUAUAACUUUGAAGAAGAGAUGAUUAUGUUAGGAUUAAAUUGUGUAUGUAGAUAGUGUUUGCUAAUGAAGAAUAUGUCGAAAUCAGUUCGAACAAAUUGCUCAAGAAAGAAUAUUGUGAAGGUUGAAUGUGCUCAUCUUGCUUGAUUCAUUACAAAUUGUAUAAACAAUCCUGUACUAUACUAUAUUUUUAAAAGAUAUUAAAGUCACACUACCUCGUUGUAGUAAAUAAAACUUAGAAUUGGGUGUGAAAA